AUGAACCGGAUACUUUUCUGCCAAGGUCGUCUGGACUACAUAGAAAACGGCGAAGUAGUCUUUGGAGGUUUAGUUUUUGCAAAUACUGAGUUCUUGCAAAGUCAUGCUGCAUAUUUUCGAUUUUGGAUGAAUAACAUUCAGCCUAAUGGUUUUUCGGUUUAUGGGUUCAGUAUAAAAACUAACAAUUUUAUCGAAAGCUUCCAUUCUACCCUUAGAACUAUUAUUGGCCAUCAUCUGCAAGUGUGGACAUUUUAUGACAGACUUCGUUACAUUGAAAAUCGGGUACGCCGAGAAACUUUGCAAAUUCCUAAUGGGCAGCAGUAA